CACCUUAGUACAAUCCCCAAGAAACCCUAACCCUAAAGCAAAUUGCAAGACACGCUACUUAAGAUUCUUUUCUCUCUCUUUAAGUCAUUCCCUUGGAGUUGCGCAAAAGAGCAUCUGAGUUUUGCUUCUAUCGGUUAGGUAGUUUCUCGAUCAAUUUCCAUUUUCAUACCUUUGUGUUCACCAAUUAGUUUUGGAUUAUUGUUCAUCCAUUUGUUGCUUUUUGAUCGGUCAACGAUGCUUUCUUAAUGAUUGAGUACGAUUACUAGGAGACUGUUUAAUACUUCCUGCAACUAAGCACCUAAAAUUGUUUUCGGUUAUUGGUCAAAGUGGAUUUGAAAAUAGCAUCGGAUAUGUUUGCUAGAAGUUGAUUUUGGACUAUUUUUUAUAAGAUAGCAAGAAGGUUAUAACAGUAGCAAAUUCUGAAGGCUUUCCAGUAUCAGGAAGUGAAGAGACUGGAUUGAAACCUGUUGUCCGAAUGUCUAGUAAUUAUAGUGCAGGUGUUCCUAUCAAGAAAAGGAGGUUCCCGCUAAUCCGGCCUCCUUCACCUCCUGCCAAAGAACAAUCUGUAAUAAAUGAUUUGCUACAAAAGGAAAAUUCUAGCCCAUCUCAAGGGUCAGCUCUAUCAAAUGCUAAGGUUGGGCCAAGUUCAUCUGGCUUAUCUGAUGCAAACAAGGAAUCACUUCUUGCGGAAAGAAAGGGAAAUCCUGAUGCAACAAAUGUUAAAAUGGUUAACAGCAGUGCUAAAACCUAUAGCAUCAAGGUUGAACAACCAAGUCUUACAAUUCACUCUAUUUCCAGGGCUGAUGUGGACAGCAAAGAGAAGCCUGUGGGGGCUGAAAAAUCGGCCAAUAUGAUAAAAUCAGCGAAAGCCGAGUUGAACUUAGCACUGACUGAAGCUCCUGCCCUUACCCUAGGAAAGGAUCUAUCCAACAAACAAAAAAUGGUGGAAAAGAGUACAUCAGAAUUUGUUAAAACUCCUGGGAUUACUGAGUUGUCAUUGGCUGUAAAUGAACAUAUUGUUUCAGCUAUGGCAGGUCAUAAUGGUUAAAGGAGUCAUCAGAAUCAUGAGAGUGGAGGACCAGUUUCAUUGAGUUUGUCUUUAAACAAAGGAGGAAAUAGUAAUCAAUGCAAAGUUGACAAUGUUGACUUGAAUACUAAUGCCGAUAU